AUGUCGACACCAUCUCCAGGGUUAAUUCACAGAUGGGAUCAUUGUUUCUCAAUACUUUCCAUCGUCACCUUCCCUAGAAAGAAGUUAUUAUUUGCCGGUACCCAGGACUCCAAGAUCUUGGUGUUUAACUUACCGACAUACAAUUUAGUGAGCACUAUAACGCUUGGUGAUGUCCAAGACACACAUACAAGAUCUAGUGUUUUAUGUUUAGAGAGAUCCAGCGACGAGAAAUAUCUUUUCUCUGGUGGCGCUGACUCAUUGGUUAGAGUUUGGUCAGUUUACGAUGUGGAUUCCCUGAACAGUUCCAUUCAAGUGGAAGAAGUAGCAACAGUUUACUCCUUGACAGAUAUUGGUGAUAUUUUCUCGCUAAGAUAUUUGGAUACUUUAGAUACUCUAGUAUUUGGUUGUCAGAACGCAAGUCUUUUGUUUUUGGAUAAUAUCUUUGAUAGGAUCCUUGAUUCUCAUGGUAGCCAUGAGAGGAAUAUCAAUAAAUUACCUCACAGAAGAUAUGACAAAUUUUUCGAUUCAUUGGGGCCUUCUGGUCGUACUGGGUCACCUUCUCCAUCUCGAGUAGCUGAGACUUCUUCCAAUACCAUCCACAAAUGUGCCUCUACAGAGCUUCAAAUGCAUAGAAUUUUGGAAGUUCCAUCAGAAAACAUUAUCAAUUAUGCUCACCAUGGGUUUAUUUAUUCAAUCUGCAAAUUGUGUCUUAAAUGCAGUACUCUUUUGGAAGACGGUAAAAAGCAUGAACACGUCCAUUCUCACGAUUAUAACAAGAAUUCAAUGGCCGUUUCGGAAUGUAUCGUUUCAGGAGGUGGUGAUGGUAUUAGCAAAAUGUGGUUUUUAUCGAAAAAUGAAAAAGGAGCUGUUUCCAUCAAUUCCAUUGCCGCCGAGUUAGAUAACGAAGAUACCGUAUUAUCUCAAGCCAUUGAGUUCCCCUUCCUCUACUGUGGAUUGGCAGAUGGGGCAGUCAAAAUUUGGGAUCUCAGUACGAAACAACUUGUUUCGACUUUACAUACACCUCAAAAACACGACGUUAUUUCGAUAUCCGUGUACAUGGAUCACAUCUUUGCCAUUAAUGAAUCUGGUACCACUUUAUUUUACGAAAAUGAGGUUGUUCAAUGGCAACCAAAUCAAGGUAAGAUGUUGAGUUCUGAUAUUUUUGCUAGACACGAUGCACCAUCUGAAAAGCAAAUUAGCUUCCUAACUGGUGCGAAUGAUGGUUCACUGACGCUAUGGGAUCUCUCAGAAGUCAUGCACCCAUCAGAUUGGGCCAAAACUGAAGAGUUUGUUCAAGAAUUAAGGAAACAGCAAAUUGAUUCUGGGGAAGAUCAAAGUUUCUUGAACAGCGAAGAGAUGUUAGAAACCUUACGUGACCUAAUAGCAUUUCAAUCAGUAUCACAAAAUCCUGAUACUGCUCAACAAUUAGCUUCCAGAAGAUGUGCCUCUCAUUUGCAAAAACUUUUCGUCAAAUUUGGUGCUUCCAAGGCUAAAUUAUUACCGGUGAAAGAUGGGAAGAAUCCAGUUGCAUUUGCCCUUUUCGAGGGAAAAAACAAGAACAAGAAAAGAGUUUUGUGGUAUGGUCAUUACGAUGUGGUCUCAGGAAAUCAACAUAGAUGGCUUACUGAUCCAUUCUCACUAACAUGUGAAAACGGAUUUAUGAAGGGAAGAGGUGUCAGCGACAACAAGGGUCCACUAGUUGCUGCCCUCUACUCAGUGGUAAAUCUAAUUCAAAGAGAUCAAUUACUAAAUGAUGUGGUAUUUUUAGUGGAAGGUAGUGAAGAAAUUGGAUCUCCAGGGCUUGCACAAGCUUGUAUAGAGAACAGAGAUCUCAUAGGUCAACAAAUCGACUGGAUCUUUUUGAGUAACUCCACUUGGGUUGAUCAAGAAAAUCCAUGUUUGAACUAUGGUCUAAGAGGUGUUAUAAAUGCUCAAAUAACUGUAGGGGGAGAACAACCCGAUAGACAUUCGGGUAUCGAUGGUGGCUUACAUAAGGAACCUGCAGCUGAUUUGAUCAAAUUAAUUUCGAAGUUGCAGGAUGAAGAUGGUCGAGUUUUAAUUCCUGGUUUCUAUGAACCAUUAAAAGGUCUUAGCGAGGUCGAUUAUCAACGUUUAAACAAAGUGGUAGAAUUUGCUAAUAUGGGCAAAGAGGUUACCGUCGAGGAUUUAAUUACCAAUUGGACCAAACCUUCAUUGUCGGUAACUACCAUGAAUAUAAGUGGGCCUGGUAACAUUACCGUUAUACCCCAAUCUGCCACCAUAGGUGUAUCGAUUAGAUUGGUUCCUGAACAAGAAGUGGGCAAAAUUGAAGAGUCACUAAGGAAAUACCUAAUGCAAUGCUUCGACCGACUAUCCUCAGGGAACCAUCUAGAGAUAUCUAUUGUCAAUGAAGCGGAAGCCUGGCUAGGAGACCCAACAAACCACGCCUACGAGGUGCUAAAGGAGGCAUUGACUUUUAAAUGGGGCAAAGAACCCUUGCUUGUCAGAGAAGGUGGCUCCAUCCCUUGCAUAAGAACUUUGGAGAGGUUAUUGGCUGCCCCAGCAGUUCAGAUUCCAUGCGGUCAAUCCACAGAUAAUGCCCACUUGGAUAACGAGAAUCUGAGAAUUGAAAACUGGACCUACAUGACAGAAAUCUUAUCCAAAGUCUUCAAUAAAUUAUAG